UCUCGCUCUGCCGCUCUCUCCCCAGAAAAAGUUCCAGACUACGAGCCCAAUAUCCCAGAACCCAAAUGCAGAGCUGAUCUGGUCAAACACUGGUUCAAGCUUUCCCUGGAUGACAAGACGGCCAAUAAGACGCUAUGGAUCACAGAGGGCGGCACCAAAGUGGCCCGAAUGACUGACGAUGUAACUUGUCCCGUCUUGGAUAGACCAGAGAGAUAUGAGUAUUCUCCACAGGUUCUUUGCAAGGAAGGAAUCCUGGGUUUCCGAGGCUACUGGGAGGUGGGGUUCUCCGGGUGGGUGGUCGUCGGCACUGCCUACGAACGAGCGGGAAGAAGGAACAGCGACGGGUCCUGCGGCCUGGGAGAGAACGAGGGGUCAUGGGGCCUCGGCUGGUCCGGCUCCAGCUACCAUUUCUGGCACAAAGGCCAGAACGUGGAGAUGAAGGGGAUCCCUCAGUGCUCUGUCAUCGGAGUAUACCUCGACCAGCCCGCUGGUAUCUUGAAUUUCUAUGCGGUGGAGGAGGUGAAAGAGGGAGAGGAGGGCGCAGGGGGAAAGGAGGUGAAGCCUCUGCAUCAAGUCAGGAGCACGUUCGAGGAGAAGAUGAUCCCUGGUUUCUGGAUGGGGACACAUAGCAAGUGUUCAAUCAUACAGAAGGAGGAAUAA